AUUACAUGUAUAGUCAGAAGAGUGAACUUCUCCCCUUCGACCUGAAUCGGAAACAAUCAGAACUAAUAGAAGAAUACCGAUGGCUAUUCUUCUCGAACUCUUAAUUUUACAUUUUUAGCAUCACUUCACCAUUGAAGGCAGGCGGACCUUGGUGCAAUAGUAAGAUUGCUCCAUUACUAUUCGAGUGUCAUAAUUCAAAAAAUAGAAACAAUCUUUUCUCAUGUGGGACCAAAAUUAGGUUCCUCCAACCUUGCAUGCUCUAAGAUGCCUUUUUUUUUUUUCUUUUUGUUCGUCGUCGCAUAACCAUUAGCUUUCAUUUCUUCCAUUGGACAAAAUGAAGCCUUCUCAUAGUCAUAAUCCUGCUCCUCCACACAGAGAGAGAGAGAGAGAGAGGACUAGUCACACCACAGACUGCAAGUUCAGCAUACUCAUAGAAAUUCCUAUGCGCCCUAUUCAGAGCAGAGGCAGAGCUGCAGGAAUUUCUUUCUUUCCCCAAAUCCAAAGAGAGCAGAGAAAACAACAGUAAAGUGCGUGCUUCCCUUCCUACUUAACCUUCUCUCCUUGGCUUCCCUUCUUCUCGUGGCUUCCUUGAAAGCAACAGCGAAAAAAAAAAAAAAACAAGAAGCUCGAUAAAGAAGGAAAUCGAUGGCAGAUCUGGAGCGCUCUCCGUCGUCGCGAUGGGGGGAGUCGCUGCUGAUGCGGGCGUUGAGCAAGCGGCGGACGUGGGUCUUCCUCUUCCUCGUCGUCUACUCCCUCCUCCUCUCCUCCUCCUGGAACCUCCUCCUCUCCAUCCGCUCCUGGUACAACUCGGCGGCCGCCUCCGCCUCCUCCCGCGCCGCCGCCGGCUGGAAGGCCCUCUACGCCUCCGUGCUCUACGGAGGGGUCUUCGGCCUGCUCUCCAUGGGGGCGGCGCUGGCCGUGGCGGUGCCGGCCACGUUGGUCACCUGGAUCACGAUCCUCGUGCUGCUCGCCUUCGCCGGGAAGCCCCGACGGGCGCUCGUCGCCGACGGCCGUCGGAUCACCGCCGACAUCGCCGGUUUCGCGCUCAAGAUACUCCUCCGAGAGGGAAACCUCGUCGCCGUUGUCGGCGCCGUCCUUAGCUUCCUUGCGCUCCUCCUCCGACGGCGACGAGGCGUAGGUGAGGACCAAGAUUUGUAGUCCUUCUGUCGCCCUUUUUUUUAGGGGUUUGUAUUUGGAUGGUUUUGGUGUAAUUUUGGAAGGAGGAUUUUUUCCCCCUUUUCUUGUUUAAUAGCAUCUAUAUCACGGAGGCCAAACAAAUUAGUAGAAA